GGUGGUUGGGAACAGUACGCAGAGCAGUACUGCCUGAUUGAGAACACAUAUUUUGUCCGAAUGAACGACUCACAUAUGCCGCCUAUUGAACAAAGGGAACAUCGAAAAAUUCGAUACUACCAGUGGGUACCGUUUGUUCUUCUGCUACAAGCGCUAUUUCUAUACGUUCCACGAUUUGUUUGGAAACAGUUGCGGACUUUGACAAGUGCACCUUUUGAGUCAAACAUUUCAGAAGUCGAUCUACCAAGUGUGACGGUUGCUUUAAGGAAACAUGCGAAGACCAUUAGAGAUCCGCUAGACGUGAAUAUGAUUCUGAAACCUAUUUACUUCAUCGGAUGGUUUAUGGGUGCUGGACAUUUGCACGGUCUUCGGGUGGUCGUCGACGCUUUGAACGGUCAACAAUGGGAACAGAGUGGCAAUUUUCCUAGGGUUAACAUGUUCAACGAGAAGAUCUUCGUGUUUUUAUGGUGGUGGUUUUAUGCGCUACUUUUCCUCUCGUUACUCAAUUUUAUUCGAUGGAUUAUUCGACUAUCAUUCGACUCGCAACGAAUGUUUAUCACCGCCGUACUGGUACUAUAG